UCCUAUUUUUUAAUUCAUUACUGACAAAUACUAACGUUUUAACCCUUUGGGGAAAUGUUACUUCACUGCAUCAGAAGGCGUCUCCAGCUUUUAAGCGAAAAGCUCCCUUGGUAUCGGAAUAUAUCCAAGUGCAUUACUCGUGAUGACAGUUCUGAUGAAACCAGCCUCUUGAUGCAACUUUGCGCUGAGCGUUAUUACAUUUCUUCUGAAGCUUUUCACACCAGGUCAUGCACAUAUGGGCCCUUAGGAACAGAACUAAAGAAAAACAUUAUUGAGCAGUGGACUUCAGCAAUACGUUCAAGAGCAUAUGUAUUUGGGAUAAAUACUUCAGCGUUAAGUAUAACGUGUGAGGAACCUGUCAGGAUUGUUGACAUAAGGGCUCUUAAAGAAAUCCUAAACCAAGACAGUUUUACUAAAGAAGAAGCAUCUCAAAAGAUUCAAAAACUUUUGAAAGACAGUGCGUCUGUUCGGACGAGUCUGCUACAGGGUGCUUUACAGCAGUAUACUCAGGCUUUGGAGCUUGUGAAUAGGACAUUGCCUUUUGGAUUGGCAGAGAUUGGUCUGUGCCAUCAUUUCGAUAAUCAGCUCAGACAUUCAUCCAGUUGUUCUUUUGAGGUAACCGAAUCAUCUUUAGUCUGGUUCUGUUCUCCUCGGACUUCUUCACAGUGGAUGGACUACUGGGCUCAUCAAAGACUGCAGUGGUGGAGGAAGUUUGCUUUAGGUCCGUCUGACUUCAGCAUGUGCAAUGUCGUGGAUGAGGAACUGAGAGAGGGGACAUCUCAUGGUGUUAAAAUCCUUUAUAAGUUCCCCUGGGGCUCAGAGACCCUGGAGACACUGUGGAGCCUGGGGGACACACAACUGAUAAAGACUCUCCAAGGAUCUUGCAUCAAUCUACAGUGCAGAGAUGGAAGAAAGUCUGUGGUUCCUCAUGUCAUCUCUGUCAGUGCGAAUGUGGAUCAAGGAAUGCUGGCUUACCUAUUUAACUCACUUCAACUGCUGAAAAAAACUGACAGCAAACAGAAGCUUCAUCAGAGGACAGUUUUAAAGCUGCAUCCCAGUUUAACUCCAGUGAAAGUGGCUUUGGAUAUGGGACGAGGCUCUAAUUCAGAGCUUAGACAGGUUUGUGAGGGUUUACUCCAAGAGUUUCUUGAAGUUGGAAUUUCCACAUGGCCUGGAUACUUAGACACAAUGUCAUUAUCUCUGGAGAAUUUACACACAAAGUAUGAUGAGAUGGGUGUCCUCUUCACUGUGGUGGUCAGUGAGAGCACACUAAAAAGUGGCCUUUUGCUGGUCCGUAACAGAGACACCACCAUCAGAGAGACUAUGCACAUCUCAGAAAUCAAAUGCUACCUGCUCAAAUACAUAUCUGCCUCAGACAAUAUAUGACUUUUAUCAUCUGAAUCUCAAUGGAAUACAUAUUGUAAAGUACUGUAAUGUGGUGAUAUGAUAACUGUUCAUAUCAAGUGAUGUAACUGUUACAAAAUUGUUUCUCUGUUUCUCUUUCACUAAAAUGCUAUUAGUGUAUACCAUUUGAAAAAACCCCAAAAAACAUAAGAUUUCAUAUUAAACUUUAUCAUCAGCUGUUC